CUUUCGCGUUGUCUCUAGCUACCUCCGUCUGUGUCUCCCUCUUUCCCUCGCCCUUGUAUUUCCUUCCAAAUCGGGCUCGAUCUCUGGAAUUGGGAUUUCUGGGUUUUUCUGCUUUGAUAGAAGAACAAUGUUCGGGAGAGCCCCAAAGAAAAGCGACAACAGCAAGUACUAUGAGAUCCUUGGAGUCCCCAAGACCGCCUCCCAAGAUGACCUCAAGAAGGCUUACCGUAAAGCCGCCAUCAAGAACCAUCCUGACAAGGGCGGCGACCCUGAAAAGUUCAAAGAGUUGGCCCAAGCCUACGAGGUUCUGAGUGAUCCAGAAAAGCGUGAAAUCUACGACCAAUAUGGCGAGGACGCUCUCAAGGAAGGAAUGGGUGCCGGCGGUGGAGCCCACGACCCCUUUGAUAUAUUCCAGUCCUUCUUCGGCGGGGGCAACCCAUUUGGUGGCGGCAGCAGCCGUGGAGGCCGUAGGCAGAGAAGGGGCGAGGAUGUGAUCCAUCCUCUUAAGGUUUCCUUGGAAGAUCUCUAUAAUGGGACAUCCAAGAAGCUGUCUCUCUCUCGCAACAUAAUCUGCUCCAAGUGCAAGGGCAAAGGGUCAAAGUCUGGUGCUUCAAUGAAGUGUCCUGGUUGCCAAGGGUCUGGAAUGAAAGUCUCUAUUAGGCAUCUUGGGCCUUCCAUGAUCCAGCAAAUGCAGCAUCCCUGCAAUGAGUGCAAGGGUACCGGUGAAACCAUUAAUGACAAGGAUCGCUGCCAGCAGUGUAAGGGUGAGAAAGUUGUUCAGGAAAAGAAAGUAUUGGAAGUCCAUGUGGAGAAGGGUAUGCAAAACGGACAGAAGAUCACAUUCCCUGGUGAAGCUGAUGAAGCGCCCGACACUAUCACAGGGGAUAUUGUCUUUGUCCUGCAACAAAAGGAACACCCUAAGUUUAAGCGGAAGGGUGAUGACAUAUUCUACGAACAUACACUAUCCCUCAUGGAGGCGCUCUGUGGCUUCCAGUUUGUGUUGACGCAUCUAGAUGGCAGGCAACUCCUCAUCAAAUCUCAUCCCGGAGAGGUUGUCAAGCCUGAUCAUUUUAAGGCUAUAAAUGAUGAAGGCAUGCCAAUGUACGAGAGGGCAUUUAUGAAGGGUAAACUAUAUAUACAUUUUACCGCGGAGUUCCCAGAUUCAUUGAGUCCAGAACAGUGCAAGUCUUUGGAAGCAGUGCUGCCUCCAAGGAGUUCUACCCAGCUUACAGACAUGGAGCUAGAUGAAUGUGAGGAGACUACACUGCAUGAUGUCAACAUAGAAGAAGAAAUGCGUCGCAAAAAAGCACAGCAGUCGCAAGAAGCAUACGAUGAGGAUGAGGAUAUGCAUGGGGGUGCCCAGAGGGUCCAGUGCGCUCAACAAUGAUUCAAGCGGUUCUCUUACAUAUUAAAGAAUAUAAAAGUUCUCAGUGUUGGUGGGUGGGGACUUUUCUUUUUAGUUGUCUUGUGUGUUUAUUUCCAGCUUGGGUUGUUUAUGAUCCCAACUAAAGGGAAUUUAUAGACUAGCUACUAUAAAGAUCAUGAUCGAUGUUCAUCUGAACGGAAUCGUUUGGCUAUAUACCUAUAUAUAUAAUGUUACAUACUUAAAUUUUC